CUCUAUUUCAGACUAGCUGUGCCUCUCUCUGAGUGACAGUGACACUGUGCUCCUUGCGCUUGGCCUCAGUUUUCAAAAUUUCAGAUUAAAUAAAACUUCAAUUGGACUUUUGUUUUACUCUUCAAAGGAAGCCAUCACAAGCAGGUCCACAGUGUCACUGUUUCAAUUUUAUUACUCCACUUCACCACACCCAACCAGCACACCUGACUGAACUGUGUGUGUGGCCCUGCACCCCUGCCAACCUGUCCAACAUGGCACUGUCCUCACGCUUAAAACUUUGGGAGCAGAAGAUCAAGGAGGAGAAGAAGCCAGCAGCUGCCACUCAACCUCCCCCUCCCCUUUCUGCAGUACCAGGAGGAUUCCUCAAGCAGCUGGUCAGAGAGACAGAGAAGGAGACACGUCAGAAAGAACCAGAGCUCAAGGAAGAGAAAGCGCCUAGUAAACUGAGUGAAACCCUGGUGCAACAGUUUCUGCUUCCAGACCAGACCCCUCCCAUCCUUGAGGCAGAGAUGGCCCUUCGAGCCGAGCAGUUGGUCAACGGGGAGCGUGGCCGCCACUCAGCAAUGACUGAGAGAAAAACCUCCUCCCCAAGGAGGAUACUCACUCCGGACACAAAGGACCAGAAAGGUGACUCCCAAGCCAGCAGUCUGGAGGUCAGUGACCAGAAACAGGAGCCACUCUCAGACACACAGAGUGGCUCUAGCCUAGUGAAGUCUCCAGAGGCGCCAGCAGAGAAAGAGAAGCCAAAAGAGCAGUUGAAAACUCAACAGGAGGUGAAAACCAUCAGGGAAGAGGAGGUCAAAGUGAGGCAGGAGCCAAAAGGACAGCUCACUGAUAAGACUGUAACAGAGGAGCCAAAGAAACCUGUGAGAGAUGUAUGGUAUGAAGCUGGUACUGUGUGGUACACCCAUAAAAAUGGCUUCACCCUGGCCACUCAACUGAAGCCAGAUGAAGGCACGCCUGAACUCCCUGACGGGAAAGUGAGGGUUCGACUCCACACAGAUGGUUCAGUUCAUGACGUCACACAGUAUGAAAUUGAAAAGGUGAACCCAUCAGAGUUGGACCUGUGUGAGGAUUUGAGUGAGUUGGUGAGUGUGAAUGAGUCAAGUGUCCUGCACACGCUGACCACCCGAGCCAAAGCCAAUCUGCCCUUCACAUAUGCUGGGCCAAACCUACUGGCCCUCUGGCCUCCUUUAGCGCUGUUUGGCAAGGGACCGCGUACUCGCCGCUGGGACACCUGGGAGGCUCCUGCCCCACUGCAGGCUCUGGUGCGAAGGGUCUAUUUAUCCAUGGUGGGCCUGCGGAAGGACCAAAGUGUGGUGGCACUGGGCCGUAGUGGCACAGGGAAAACCACUUCCUGUCAGGCCUUUGCCCAGGAACUUCUCAAACAAGCUGGCACAGCAGGGGACAGCCUCACCUUGGAGCGGCUACAAGCUGUGUUUACUGUUUUGCGGUCUUUCGGCUGUGUGAGCUCCCCGCACAGUGAGGCCUCCACACGAUUUGCAAUGGUGCUUUCUCUGGACUUCAACCACAAAGGCCUCGCAGCUGCAGGACACCUUCAGACUAUGCUACUGGAGAAAUGGCGGGUGUGCCGCAGGCCGGAGGGAGAGAGCAACUUCUUGGUCUUUUCCCAGAUGCUGGCAGGCCUCAAUACGGAGAUGAGGACAGAGCUACAGCUGCAUCAACUGCCUGAGAACAACUCAUUCAGCAUUAACUGCCCCACCAAGGUGGAUGAGAAGCAGAGGGCCACGGUGGAUUUUGGAAGACUCUUGGCGGCCAUGAACACUCUUGGAUUCUCAGGCGAGGAGCAGCGAGCCAUUUGGCAUGUUCUGGCUGGAAUAUACCACUUAGGUGUAGCAGGGGUGUGCAAAGUGGGACGAAAGCAGUUCAUGAAUUUUGACAGUGCACAAGUUGCUAGUGCUGUUCUGGGCUGUGAGGGAGAGGAGCUCCACACUGCAGUCUUCAAACAUCAUCUGCGGCAGCUACUGCAGAGAGCCACUGGUGGCACCAGAGAACGUCACAUGACUGAUGAACAAGAAGGCCCUAAGCUGAGUGCAACUCAAUGUGUGGAUGGCAUGGCUUCUGGUCUUUAUGAGGAAUUGUUCACUGCAAUUGUAUCUCUAAUUAACAGAGCUCUAUGCUCUCAGCAGUUAACACUUGGCUCAGUGAUAGUGGUGGACACUCCAGGUCUGCGUAACCCCAGAUACAGUGGAGCGGACAGAGCAGCCGGGUUCUCUGAACUCUGCCACAACUAUCUGCAGGAGAGGCUACUGGACCACUGCUUCACUCACACAUUCACCAAUUCCCUCAACAGAUAUACACAGGAGCGUAUGUCUGUAGAUUUUGAGGCUCCUGAGAGUAGCCCUAGAGAAGUGGUGGAAACUAUAGACCAAGCUGGGCUCCAGGUGCGGGGGCCAGAAGGUGACUCUCGUGGGCUGCUGUGGGUUUUGGAUGAAGAGAUGGUUACCCCUGGCUCUACUGAGAAUACUGUUCUUGAGAGGAUAUGUCAGUAUUUCGGGGAUACAGUGCGUCAGUGUGAACAGCCUCUACAGUGCGAGAUCGCUCAUCUAAUGGGCUCUGACCCAGUCCGCUAUGACCUGUCCGGCUGGUUUGGUCUGGUCCAAAACAACCCUUCUGCCCUGAAUGCCAUCUCCAUAUUGCAGAACUCUUCUCUUGGUGUGGUAAAGGCUUUGUUUGCUCCACGGGCCUCUGUUCCCCCUCUGUGUCGUGGUCUAGGGGGUGUUGAGGGGGGCUCUCAGCGUUCUCUGGAGCGGAGUGGGACAGUGCGGAAGACACUCAGCGGGGGCAUGGCAGCUCUCAGGAGACACUCGCACUGUAUUGCCAUUAAGCUGCAGGCGGAUGCUCUGGUGAAUCUGAUUCGCCGAGCCCAGCCCGUUUUUCUGCAGUGUCUCAGUGCUAAAGCAGAUGGCGGUAGCUUUGAUGUUCCAGUGCUGCGUGUCCAGCUGCACUCUACCCACCUGCUGCCCGCUCUGCAGCUGUACCGCACAGGCUACCCGGAGCAUAUGAAUCUGAGUGAUUUCCGCUGCCGCUACCAGGCCCUGUCUCCUCCUGUGAUGAAGCGCUAUGGCUCUGUUUUCAUCACGCCAGAUGAGAGGAAGGCAGUGGAGGAAUUAUUGAUUGAACUGGAUCUGGACAAGAAGAGCAUUGUUUUGGGUGCAAGCAGGGUAUUUAUGAAACGUGGUGUGUUAAGGUCUCUGGACAUGCAGAGAGAUGGUUUGGUCAGUAGUUGGCUGGUGCAGAUGCAGUCUGCGUGUUUGGGGCACCUGGGCCGUCAGAGGUAUCGCCGCAUGAAGGUACAGCAGAUGGCGGUGAGCUGUAUCCAGAGAAACCUGCGUGCUCUGACUGCAGUGGCCGGCUGGAGCUGGUGGAAACUACUGUGUAAAGUGCGUCCUCUACUGGACAUCAACAGGGAUGACCACAGGCUCCGGGCCAAAGAGGAUGAGAUCACUGCCCUCAGAAGACGUCUGGAGAAGUCUGAGAAAGAGCGGAAUGAAUCGAGACAGACUGUGGACAACCUAGAGACCAAGGUAACGGCGGUGGUGUCUGAGCUGAGUGAUGAGAGAUUUCGUGGAGAGGCCAUGAGCCAGGCUUUAGACACCGAGAGAACAGAGAGGCUUCGGCUCACCAAGGAAAACAAGGAGUUACAGGCACGUUUGGAUCAGAGUAAGAUCUCAUUGGAAGCUCUAGAGAAGCAGUUAGAAGAGGAGAAGCAGAGGACAAAGAGCAAAGAGGCUUUGAGUGGAGUGGCCACAGACAGCGAGAUCCACCUGCAAUUGGAGUGCGCGCAGACGGAGGUGGAGUUUUUGCGCAGACGCCUGAGACAAACUGAGGAGAGGCUGGAGACUGAGAAAGGGGCACGAGAACAUUUAGACAACAAGGUCCUAGAGCUGCAGGCCCAGCUCGACCAGUCCAAGCGCUCUGUGACAGAGUUGAAGCGCCACUGCAGACGUGUGACCUCUGACCUGCAAGAUGCCCGUGUGCUGACCGACAGCCUGCAGGCACGUGCCCACGAGCUGGACAGGAAGCAGAGAAGAUUUGACAGCGAGCUGACCCAUGCUCUAGAGGAGGCAGAAAGCGAGAGAGAGCAGAAGGAAAAGGCCAUUCAGGAGUGCACAGCUCUUGGGGGCGAGAUUUUCUCUCUGCGCCGCAUGCUGAAGGAGAGUCAGGAGGAGGUGGCCCACCUGCAGCAGCAGAAGGAGGAGCUGUGUGCACAGAUUCGCGACCUGAGUGUGCCUCUGAACCUCAGCUCUGACUCUGUUCCUGAGCUGAAGAAGCAGCUGCGUGAGCUUGAAAGCAGGGAAAAGGAACGGACCCAGGAGAUUGCUAAAAUGACAGCCAAAAUCCAGCAGCAGGAACAGAUGCAUCUGCGCUUUGAGAUGGAGAUGGAGAGAAUGAAGCAGAUCCAUCAGAAGGAGCUGGAGGACAAGGAAGAGGAGCUGGAAGAUGUGCAGAAGUCUUCACAGAGACGACUCAGACAGUUGGAAAUGCAGCUGGAACAAGAGUAUGAGGAAAAGCAGAUGGUGGUGCAUGAAAAGCAUGACUUGGAAGGACUGAUCGCCACACUGUGUGAACAGGUGGGCCACAGAGACUUUGACGUGGAGAAGCGACUCCGGCGGGACCUCAAGCGGACCCAUGCUCUGCUCAGCGAUGCGCAGCUGCUACUGUCCAGUAUGGAGCAACCUGGGCAGGGCCAGGCCCCAGGCACCAAAGAGCAGCUGGAGAAACUGCACUGCCAGCUGGAGGACAGUGAGGCGCGGCGUCUGGAAGCUGAAAGUAUUCAGAAGACUCUUGCCAUGGAGCUGGAGAAUGCUCAGAUGGAGCUGGAGAGCAUCUGCAAACACAAGAGCCUGGUGGAUGAACAGUUGUCUCAGCUGCAGUACGAGAAGACUGAUCUGCUGAAAAGGCUGGAGGAAGACCAGGAGGACCUCAAUGAGCUCAUGAAGAAACACAAAGCCCUGAUUGCUCAGUCUUCCAGUGACAUCACUCAGAUCCGGGAGCUGCAGGCAGAGUUGCAAGAACUGAAGAAGGAAAGACAAAGUCUUCAGGAGCAGCUGCAGUUAAGUGUAGCACGUGUGCAGUUUCUGGAGUCUUCCACUGUGGCACGCAGCAUUGUGAGCAAGCAGGAGGCACGUGUCUGCGACCUGGAGAACAAGCUUGAAUUCCAAAGAGGGCAGGUCAAGAGGUUUGAGGUGUUAGUGCUGCGUCUGAGGGAUAGUGUGGUGAGGCUAGGUGAGGAGCUGGAGCAGUCAGCUCAGGCUGAGGCCAGAGAGAGAGAGAACUCCCAAUACUACCAACAGAGACUGGCAGACAUGAAGCUGGAGAUGGAGGAUCUGAGCCUCAGAGAGCAGGAGAGCAGCCGCCGCCGUGUAGAGCUGGAAAUGCAAGUGGAGGAGCUUAGUGCAGUGCGGCAGACUCUGCAAGCUGAUCUGGAGACAUCAAUCCGACGUAUCGCUGAUCUACAGGCUGCCUUGGAGGAGGUUGAGUCGAGUGAUGAAAGUGACACUGAAAGUGUACAGACUGCUGUGGAGUCCUUCUCUAGAAAGAGAGAUGUGGAUAGCGUGUCUAGUGUUGGGUCCAGCAUCGGCACUGAGGAUGUGGGUGAGGGCAUUCGAAACUGGCUAGGCGUGCCACGUGGGGUUCGUGGGGGCAGAGGCUCUCCAUAUGGUGGCAGCGGUACUGGGCGCCAGUCAGUCACUGACACAAUGAGCACCUACAGUUUCAGGUCUUGUUCUCAGGACUUGGAAGAGGAUGCAGGGAUGCAGAGCUCUGGAGGUCUUGGCAGGGCAUCAUCUUCUGCAGCCCUGUCUGAGCUUCUGGAGGGCUUACGGAAAAAGCGGGCUGGGGCUGGGUGGGACAGAGGGUCAGAAAUUGGUGAAGGUAGCACAGUGUCACUUCCUAUUUACCAGACGACAGGGGCCUCCACUCUUCGGCGCAGAGCUUCUGCCCUUUCACUAGAGCCUGAUGAGGGCCCAGAGGAACCAAUUCGGCCAGGAAUUCUGAAACCCCCAAGUCCUCUCCUACCUCGUGCCUCCAGUCUGCGAUCUCUUGCUGAAUCUGUGCCAACCACCUCCACAGCCACAAACACCAUAGGAAAGGUGAGCCGUUUCAGCUCAUGCGACUCCAUCACCUCCACAGUAUCCUCCACGGGUCCCCGACGUCAUCUCUCCAACCUCUCAAUACCUGAGGAAGGGGAAGAGGAACCCUGCAUAAAAACCUUGUCCACCUCAGGCUCCUAUCAGCCAAACCGACGCAGACUGCUUGGGGGUCUGGUAGCAGAAGGUGGGGAGGCCCAGCUUGGGACAGAGCCUAUGGUGUUUCAAAGUCGCCGAUUUCUUGGUAAUCCAGACUCGGACAAAGAUAUGGGGGACACCAACUCCGACAUCGUCCCAGCCAUCCGCAGAGCACAGUCUACCAGCAGCCUAGCAGGGAGCAGCUCCAGGGGAGGCCAGCGGCGUGCCCUCAGUGUGCACUUCGGGGAGCUACCCCCCUCCAGAGCAUCACGGAGGGGCUCUGACUCCGACUCAUCUGGCUCUGGAGGUUCUCAGCAGAGGCGUGGGCCCCAGGGAGAAAGGUUGGAGGCUGAAGGCAGCGAGGGAGAUGUUAAUUCUGUGAUGAAAAAAUACUUGAGAAAAGCUGAGGUUGAUUGAACCUGUAGACUUAAGUGAGGCCCCUACCACCAAUGGAUACAUUUUAGCAAGCGUCUCAGAAGCUAUGUGAAAAAUCCUGUAAAAAUGUUCAAAUGAAACUAGUCUCAAGGAGAGACUUAAUUUCCCUUCUAUACUUAGAAAUUGGGUAUGAUUUUGCUGUAUUCCUUUUUGUAUACAGGAAAUCAUGGACAAAAGUGCACAGAGCAUGGUCCUUACUGAGAACACACUGCAGAAAGCGGGAGCACAUGCUGCAGAUUAAUUUUGAACACUUUGUACACAUGAAUAAAGGUUUGAGUGGGAAGUUG